UACCUACCCCGCACAACCGCGUCGUUCUUACUCUGUGACUCAGGUUGAUGGAUGGAUAGAUGUGUCUCUUUUGUUCGACAUCAAUUGUAUUGUUGGAAAUUCUUUUGUUCGAAUCUGACUUUCUCUUGUGUAUGCACUUGUAGAAUUGCAUUAUCUUUCUGAGGGAAUCAAUCGUAUACAUCACUCAUCCUACUUACAUAUAUACAUAUACAUAUACAUAUAAAUUCCUCAUCCAUCUGACCGAAACCCUCGAAUUUUCAUUUACUCAAUUGUCUUUGGCAUUCUUCCUCUGUUCCUCAGUUUCGAAAUACAAAGAACUAAAGAAAAUAGAAGUCACAAUCAAGAGAAAUGGUCAAAUACUUCCCAUCCAUCUCUCCAGAAUUGGCGGAUUGGGCCAUGGCUCAACCGGUUUUCUUUACGGGGUCGGCGCCGACGUUUGGGAAGCAUGUUAAUCUCAGUCCGAAGGGGUUGCCCGAUGCGACGUUUAAGAUUCUGGGACCGAAUAGUUGUGCUUAUAUCGAUGCAACCGGUUCGGGAGUCGAGACUAUUAGCCAUAUCUAUGAGAACAGUCGCGUAACAAUCAUGUUCUGUUCUUUCACCUCUACUCCCCGCAUCAUGCGAUUUUUCUGCACGGGACAUGUAGUUGAAUGGAAUACACCCGAAUUCGCACCUCUACUGGCUAAAAUAGGAAAUUCGAAUGUGGAUGGUGCGAGAGCUGUGAUCUUGUUGGAUGUUUGGAAGGUCCAGACUUCUUGCGGCUACGGCGUCCCCCUCCUCACACCGCUUCCUGUUCAAAUUGAUGAUCCGUCCUCCGGUCCCUGGACCUAUCGCAAAACUCUCGGGCACUGGGCCGGUCAAAAAGUAGAGAAAAACGAGAUGCAGAAUUACCAAUUGUUGAACAACAGUUACUCACAUGAUGCGCUACCUGGAUUGAAGAGUGCACGGAAACAGAGACUGGGGAAUAGUGUUAUAAGAGUCAAAGUUGAUGAAACAAUGUUUUGGGGGAAGAGAAUUGUGAAGGGGGAAUGGAGAGGUGUGAUCUUGGGGGUAUUGAUGGGUUUGUUGAUGGCGUUGUUAAUGAGUGUAUGGGGCAAUGAGGAGGACUCGAAAGUGUAGUAGGAAGAGUAACAGAGGUCAGAGAGAUGAUGGGGAAUUUGACGGGGAGAAAUCAUUUGGAAGUUGAGCUCUGAGGGAACAAAGUCGCUAUACUUCCCUUUUCUUUAGUUUCGAUCACUUCUGAAGCCCGAUUUGGACGUAGUAAAUAUAACUCGAUACACAGGUGAUCUUACAUAGAAAAUUUGCUCAAGGUUCAAAAUUGUAUAUCGAUCGUAGACACAAGUCCUUCCGUCUGCCGGUAC